AUGACGGGUCCGUCGGCUGGCCUCUUGCGUCUGCUCGCCGUGUCAGGACUGCUCUGCUCCUCGGCGUGUUGCCCUGCCCUGCCUGGCCUGGACCCGAGGAAGCGAGGCUCCGCCCGGGCACGCUGCCUGCCGACGCCGCCCCCGCCCCCGCUCUUGCCACCCCCGCUCCGCAGAGGGGGCCGGAGCCUGCUUCUCUCCCCAGACUUGAAGCACCUCAUCCUGGACCUGGAGACCUCCCAGUCCCCGUGCGUGCAGGGAUCGCUCGGCUCCCCCGGGCCUCCCGGCCCCCAGGGUCCACCUGGGCUUCCUGGCAAGACAGGACCCAAGGGAGAAAAGGGGGAGCUUGGCCGACCCGGAAGGAAGGGCAGACCCGGCCCCACAGGUGCUCCUGGCCUUCCCGGGCCCGUCGGCUGGCCAGGCCCCGAAGGACCCAGGGGCGAGAAGGGCGACCUGGGUGUGACGGGCUUGCCCGGGGCGAGAGGACCUGUGGGCUCCAAGGGCUACCCCGGAUCCAGAGGGGAAAAGGGCUCCAGAGGCGACAGGGGCGACUUGGGUCCCAAAGGAGAAAAGGGCUUCCCGGGACUUCCUGGAAUGCUGGGGCAGAAGGGUGAGAUGGGUCCGAAGGGCGAACCUGGGAUGGCCGGACACCGGGGACCUGCGGGAAGGCCAGGAAAGCGCGGCAAGCAGGGACAGAAGGGAGACCGAGGCGUCGAGGGCCCCCCCGGCCAGCCUGGGCCUGCUGGCCAACCUGGCCGCCCGGGCCCCCCAGGACCUCCAGGACCCCCGUCUGCAGGACAACCUGUCGUGGGACCCAAGGGGGAAAGAGGGCUUCCCGGGCCUCCAGGACGGUGUCUCUGCGGCCCCCCGGUGACCGUGAACAGCCCUUCCUACAGGGAGUCCGCGUCCGGGCCUGGCUCUCCGCGAGUCCCGGUGAUUUUUGUGGUCAACAGCCGGGAGGAACUGGAGCGGCUGGACACCCCCAACGCCAUUGCCUUCCGCAGAGACCAGCGGUCACUGUUCUUCAAGGACAGCUGGGGCUGGCUCCCCAUCCAGGGGACCCCGCCGCCGCCCCCGUUCAGCUCUCAGCCGCAUGGGGGAGCCCCACGGCGGCCCUGGGCGGUGCCUGCGCCCAGCGGGCCAGCUGGGAAGAGGCCAGGCUGGGCCGGAGCCCCGUCCCUCUCCUGUGGCUGUCACCGGGCCUACUGCGGAGACGGGCACCGGCAGGAGGGCGUGGAGGACUGCGACGGCUCGGACUUCGGCCACCUGACCUGCGAGACCUACCUCCCCGGGUCGUACGGAGACCUGCGGUGCACCCGGUACUGCGACAUCGACUCCACGCCCUGCCGCUACUUCACGUGA